AAUUUCUUCACAGAACCACCUCCCACAAAUCCCCCUCCAUGCCUGGACUAAUAAAAAAUUGGAAAGCUCCAAUCAAAUCCCCAUUAAAAAACCAUAUCUUUGUGGCGGGAGUUACGCAAGCAAGACAAUUAAAUCAUUUGGGUAUAUUACGACAAAACAAAUAGAAUAAGACGACCCCAACCCAAACGAUUUUGUAUUGUCUCUCUGUUAUUUAUUUAUUUUAUUUUUUUAAUUUUUCCUUCUUCCGCCUUCCCAAUCAUUUUUUUUAUCAUUCGAUCCAAUUUUUUCUUCAGAACCCAGAAAUUAAAUUCAAAACCCAUUUCCAAGAUUUGAAUUUUCAGCCAUUUCCCGUGCCCAAAUAAGCAAAAAUUAUUGGAUUAUUGACUUUAAUUUUUCAAAAUAUUUUGUUGACCAGAUUUGUGGGUGUACCGCUGAGUCAUUUUCUUGGAUUGAUUUAUAUAAAACCCAGAUUGUGACUGAUGAAAUUAUUACGUUAUUAAAUUCUAGUCCAAAAAUGAAGGGAGAGUUUUUAUAAAGAUUGUUGGUUUUGGUGAAGGAAUUUAAUUAUGGUGGCCUGACCAAUGGUAGAAAGUUCCGUUCCUGCAUUUUCUAGAAAGUGAAGUGUUCACGGUGCCUGUAUAGAUUAUAUCGGAAUACUUGGCAGAAAUGGAAGCUACAGGUACACCAAGUGUUAUGGAAAAACUGAUGGGUCUUAAUGACUCGCCGCCUCAGGCGCCUGUCCAAAAACAAAGAAGAGUGCUGUCUGAGAAUUACCUGCGCAGAGUUGCUUCCAUUGGUGCCCGAGAGUCUCGUCAUUCAUUCAGGUUGAGAGUACCGGAAAUGAUGGAUUGUGAGGGUGAUCAUGUCGCGGAAUGUCUCCCGGGGGGCAGUUCUUUGAUCAGUGAGCAUCGGCAUAAUCUGCAAGUUUCCCCUUCGACAUGCACUUCUGGCAGUGGAAAUGUUGAUACAUGCAGCAAAUCCGGGAGGAGAUACGAGCUGCCAAAUGCCACUUUACUUGAGACGUUUGAGAAUGGAAUUGUCACAGAAUCCCUUGGAGAAGUUGGACUCUUAAAUUCAGAUGAUUUUUCAAGAUCUCAAUUGGGGGCGAACAAAGAAGGAUGCAUUCCAAGUAGUAGAAUUGUUGUUUUGAAACAGAAGCAAGGAAAGGCCGAGAUUUCUGAGAGAUGUUUCCCUUCUUUGAGUUCCCUUGAUGAUUCUCAUUCCAGUGAUCGAAAGUGCAUGGAGUAUUCUAGUCCUGGUAGUGGGAAACUACAUGUUGAAGUAAAAGAAAGGAAGAACUUGACAUUUGACAUGGAACCAGUAAGCUUAAGGUCUACAGUUUUGAUUGAAAUAUUGGGGAAGCUAACUGAAAAUACAAGUUGCAACAAAACCAACAUUGAUGCAACGGUAUCACGGUUAGGAUCCAGAGGUGGCAACUCAGUUGCAAUGAAAACUGAAUCGAUGAGGCUGUCUUCCUCAAGAUACCAGUCAUUUUCUUAUUCAGAUGAGUCAUUUGUAUACCGGGAAGCCAAAAAGCAACUCUCAGAACGACGGAAGAUGAUUAAUAAGCUGGAAGAAGCAGGAAUGGCUCGUAAAGGCGCUACCCUCUGGAAUUCGCUUGCCAUGUCUGCCCACGAAACAGGCUCAAGAACAUUGGAUGACAGUCUCGUUAGGCAUCUUCAACCAAAAAGAAAGCUCGUUAGGGAUGACGUUAAAGACCUAGACCUCAGUAAGUUUAGAACACAGCAAGAUAAAUAUGCAGCUCUUUGCAAUGAGUGGAGUUUCAAGCCAAAAGGGUCAAUUAAUUUGGGGCAGCACAAGUCAAGGGAGUACAAAUUCAACCAGAAUGAUGGUUUCGGACCUAUAAAGUUGAGAUCCAACCGUAAGAAACUCCACUAUUAUCCAAGCUUAGAAUUCAAAGGUGUUCACACUGUGGAAAAAACUUCCGGAAAUUUCAAGAAGCAGCAAUCUGGACGCAGAGCCGGCAUUUUUGUCUACAAAAAUGACAAUUCUUCCAGUCAUGGCACAGAUGCUUCAGUUCAACAGGAAACAUCCACUGAAGACAAAAAAGAAAGUCCAUUUCUUUUGCACUGCUCCACCACAGAGUCAGAUUGUAUGGCGAGCUUGGAGGAGGCUGAUAAGCCUAGUCCAGUUUCAGUUCUGGAACCAAUAUUUAGUGGAGAGCGGUCGCCUACACCAGAAUUCCCGCGAAGGAUGAAUGUUGACAUCACAGACUACUCUGACACAUACUCCGAAGGAUCUGGAAUGAUUGUUUCAAGUGACGACGAUGAUGAUACUAUUCAAGGAUCUGCAAGCAGUUACAGAGAAAAUGAAGAUUCAAUGAGAUUGUUCAGGGUUGAAGAAAGUAGAGACUAUUCCUACCUUGUUGAUGUGUUAUCGGAGAUAGGUUUUUAUGGUAGGAACUCAACGAUGGACUUAGGCACCUGGUGCCCUCCGGAAUGGCCAGUAAGCCUUGCUGUCUUUGAGACCCUGGAGAAGAAGUUUGGUGAUCAGGCAUCAUGGAAAAGGUCGGACAGGAGGCUUUUGUUUGACCGUAUAAAUGCAGGGUUGAUGGAGAUUUUCGAGCCUUGUAUGGGUGUUCCCACGUGGACAAAGCCCAUGUCUAGAAGGAUUAGAUCCACGCCAAGUGAGGAGAUGAUAGAGGAAGAUCUAUGGGUGUUGCUUGUUAGCCAAGAGAAGGAAAAAGGUAAGGACUCCAUUGAAAAGGCGCUAGGAAGGGAGAUUGAGUUAGAUUUAGGUGAUGAUAUUGAUGGUAUUGGUAGAGAAAUUGAGAGAUUUUUGUUCGAUAAGCUCAUAGCGGAGUUUGUUACCAUGGAGAGUUUAUAAGACACUAGUGAUUAUUGUCUUGGUAGAGUAAUUUUGUGAACAAGUUAGACAGAGGUACUUUUUCGUAGAUAUGGCCACAGUUUUGAUCAAGUGAUAGGGUUUGCAAAGGAUAUAUGUAUAGACUCGAUUUUUAUACAAGAUAAAUGAAAUUCAGAUGUGUUGGAAUUGGAUGUUUC